AUGUCGACCAUCAGCCAGAUUCGUCUCUUGCUAUGGAAGAACUGGACUCUCCGCAAGCGGCAAAAGGUCCGCUUCGUGGUGCAGAUUCUGUGGCCGGUCCGCUUCGUGGUGGAGAUUCUGUGGCCGGUGAUCCUGUUCAUUGGUCUGGUGUGGCUGAGGAAGGCCAAUCCCCUCUACCGCCAACAUGAGUGUCACUUCCCCAGCCGGGCGAUGCCCUCCACGGGGAUUCUGCCGUGGCUCCAGGGCAUCUUCUGCAACUCGGACAACCCCUGCUUCCCGCACACCACGCCGGGGGAAACCCCGGGCAUCGUGUCCAACUACAACAACUCCAUCCUGGCCCGGUUCUACCUGGACUCGCAGGAGCUGCUCCUGAAUGAUCCGCAGUUCCUGCAGCUGGGCCAGAUGUGGCAGGAGCUCUCCGUCAUGAGCAACUUCAUGGACACGCUACGCAACAACCCAGACCGCGUCAAAGGUCGCGGCCUGAGGAUAGAGGACAUUCUGAAGGACGAUGAGGUCAUGACCGUGUACCUGCUGAAGGAGGCGGGGCUCUCCGAAACCGUGGUCAACCAGCUGGUCAACUCCCAGGUCAAAGUGGAGCAGUUUGCAUAUGGCGUGCCGGACCUGACGCUGAAGCAGAUCGCGUGCAGUCAGGACCUUCUGGAGCGCUUCAUCAUCUUCCCGAGCCGGCGAGGCCUGUACAGCGUCCGCAACGCCAUGUGCGCCCUCACGCAACAGCGCCUCCAGCAGGUGGAGGACUCGCUGUACGCCAACAUCGACUUCUACAAGCUCUUCCGUCUGCUGCCGACGGUGCUGAAUGACGGCACUAAGGGCUUCGACCUGACGCGCUGGAGUGCCGUACUGUCCACCGUCUCUGACAAGGUCCAGGAGCUGAUUAACCGGCCGAGUUCUCAGGACCUCUUCAGAGUGGUGUCUCCCCUCGUGCAGUCCGGAGCCGACGUCUCCUUCGGGAAGAUCAUGAAGGUGGGCUCGGAGUUGAUCUGCGGGUACCCUGAGGGCUCGGGCAGUAGGGUCAUGUCCUUCAACUGGUAUGAGGAUAACAACUACAAAGUCUUCCUGGGCGUCAACGGGACCAAGAGCAGUGACAGCUACGUCUACGAUAACAACUCCACUCCGUUCUGCAACAGCCUCAUGCAGCAGCUGGAGUCGAACCCGAUCACCAAGAUCAUCUGGAGUUCCGCCAAGCCGCUGCUGAUGGGCAAGAUCCUGUUCGCACCCGACUCCCCCGCCACACGCAAGAUCCUCAAGAGCGCCAAUACUACGUUUGUGGAGCUGGAGCGUCUGAUGAACAUGGGCAGGGCCUGGGAGGAGGUGGGGCCUCAACUCAGACAAUUCUUCCAGAGCAGCAUUCAGAUGAGCAUGAUACGGGACACGCUGGGCCACCCCACGGUGCGCCAGUUCCUGGACCGGCGCCUGAUCGACACGGGCUACACCACGCAGCACAUCCGCAACUUCCUCUUCAACGGCCGGGCGUGGGAGCGAGAGCUCGGGAUGCCCACGGUCGACUGGAGAGACGUCUUCAACCUCACCGACUCAUUCAUACGCACCUUCAACAAGUACUCACAGUGUUUAAAACUGGACAAGUUCGAGGGCCUGGAGGAUGAGGACAAAGUGGCCCACAAGGCCCUCUACCUAUUGGAGGAGAACAAGUUCUGGGCGGGGCUUAUCUUCCAGGACAUGUACCAUUGGACGGAGGAGGUUCCGCCGCACGUCAAGUUCAAGAUCCGCAUGGACAUCGACGCUGUGGAGCGCACCAACAAGAUCAAGGACAGGUACUGGGACCCCGGGCCGCGUGCCGACCCCCUGGAGGACAUGCGCUACAUCUGGGGCGGCUUCGCCUACCUCCAGGACAUGGUGGAGCACGGAAUCCUCAAGCUGCACACCGGCACCGACUGGCCACUAGGGGUCUACAUGCAGCAGAUGCCCUACCCAUGCUACGUAGACGACCUUUUCAUGAUCACGUUAAACCGCUGCUUCCCGAUGUUCAUGGUGUUGGCCUGGAUCUACUCGGUGUCGAUGACGGUGAAGAGCAUCGUGCUGGAGAAGGAGCUGCGACUGAAGGAGACCCUGAAGGCCAUGGGCGUCACCAACGCCGUCAUCUGGUACACGUGGUUCAUCGACAGCAUCAUCAUUAUGACGGCCAGCACGGGCCUGCUCACCUGGAUCAUUGUGGCCGGCAAGGUCCUGAACUACAGUAACCCCGUCGUCCUCUUCCUGUUCUUGAUGACCUUCACGCUGGCGACCUUGAUGCAGUGUUUCCUGCUGAGCGUCUUCUUCAACAAGGCCAACCUGGCGGCUUCCUGCAGCGGCAUCAUAUACUUCACACUCUACCUGCCCCACAUACUCGCCUUCGCCUGGCAGGAACGCAUGACGAGGGAUAUGAAGCUGGGAGCAAGUCUGCUGUCGCAGGUGGCGUUUGGCUUCGGUACGGAGUACCUGUCUCGCUACGAGGAGCAGGGGCUGGGGCUGCAGUGGGACAACAUCCAGACGAGCCCACUAGAGGGCGACCAGUACUCCUUUAUGACCUCCAUCACCAUGAUGGGCCUCGACGCGCUGCUCUACGGAACCCUCGCCUGGUACCUGGACAACGUCUUCCCAGGUCAAUAUGGCGUUGGGCGGCCAUUUUACUUCCCCCUCCAGCUCUCGUACUGGAGGCAGACGAAACCCACGCAUGAGGAGGAGCAGAGCAGGGCGGAGCCAGAGGUGCUUCAGAUGGAGGAGAUGGCGCGUCCGGAGGAUUUGGAGCGUGGCGGCGGCGGGGGCAGCAUCGAGUCGGGCGUGAUGCAGGAGUGUAACGGCUCUGAGAGGAAGUACUGCAAACACAAGAGCAAGCGCGAGCAACUGGAGAAGCAGCGACAGCAGCUGAAACGCAGGAUAGAGGGGGAGGAGGAGGAACUGACCUUCUUCGAGGCGGACCCGGUGGGUCUGCACAUGGGCGUGGCGGUGCGGGAGCUGGUGAAGGUGUACCCCGGGAGCUCGCAGCCCGCCGUCGACAGCCUCAACAUCACCUUCUACGAGAGCCAGAUCACUUCCUUCCUGGGACACAACGGAGCCGGCAAGACCACCACCCUGUCCAUUCUGACUGGCUUGUUCCCGCCCACCUCUGGCACCGCCUACAUCUAUGGCCACGACAUCCGCACGGACAUGGACAUCAUCCGCAGCUCCAUGGGAACCUGCCCCCAGUACAACAUACUGUUCAACAACCUGACGGUGGAGGAGCAUAUCUUCUUCUAUGCGCGUCUGAAGGGGCGCUCGGUGGACGAGGCCAAGAAUGAGGUGGAGAACAUGCUGAUGGACCUGGGCCUGCCCAACAAGAGGUCCGAACAGGCACAGAACCUCUCAGGGGGCAUGCAGAGAAAGCUGUCAGUUGCUAUGGCGUUUGUGGGCGGGUCCAAGGUGGUGAUUUUGGACGAGCCGACGUCAGGUGUCGACCCGUAUUCAAGAAGAUCCAUCUGGGACCUGCUGCUCAAGUACCGCACAGGGCGUACAGUGAUCCUGUCCACCCACCACAUGGACGAGGCGGACCUCCUUAGCGACCGCGUGGCCAUCAUCUCCAAGGGGAAGCUCCACUGCAGCGGCUCCCCUCUCUUCCUCAAGAACUGCUUCGGCGUCGGCUUCUACCUCACGCUGGUGCGCCGCGUUAAGGAACCGCGCAAAGAGAACGGCUGUGACUGCACCUCCGAGUGUUCCUGUAGCUGCUCCACCUGCACGCGGCAGAAAGAAGAGCCACACGAUAGCCCGCACUUCGAGAGAGUACUGGAAGGUGACGUGGACAGCAUCACCAACCUGAUCCACCACCACGUCCCGGAGGCGCGUCUCAUCGAGAUGGUGGGCCAGGAGCUGACCUUCCUGCUGCCCAAUAAGGGCUUCAAGCAGCGCGCCUACGCCUCCCUCUUCAGGGAGUUGGAGGAGAUGCUUAUUGACAUCGGGCUCAGCAGCUUCGGCAUCUCAGACACCUCACUGGAAGAGAUCUUCCUGAAGGUAACGGCGGACAGUGAGGGGGCCAAUAUUGCCCCUCCCCCCGAGUCGUUCGUUCUCGAUCGCCGGAGAAACGGCAGCGGUCUGUUGAAAGAGCGGGAUAACUCAGAGGAGCUGGAAGGUGUGGAUGCCAACGGUCAGCUGCAUCGCCAUCCCGACAGUAACGAGGGGCGGGGCUCCCAGCAGGUGAAGGGGACGUCCCUGAUCCUCAAGCAGUUCCACGCGCUCAUCAUCAAGAGGCUGCAGCACUCCAUACGCAGCAGGAAGGACUUCCUGGCACAGAUUGUUCUGCCGGCGACCUUCGUCCUGGUGGCCCUGAUCUUCACGAUGGUGGUGCCUCCGUUUGGGGAGCACCCGAGUCUGACCCUCACGCCCUGGCUCUACGGAAAACAGAUCACCUUCUUCAGUAACGAGAGGCCAAAUGACCAGAAGAUGGCGCACUUCGCCCGCGUGCUGAUGAGUCCUCCUGGCAUGGGGACGCGAUGCAUGUUCGACCACCCACUACCGAACAUGACGUGUUCUGACUCCGCCUCCAAGUGGGUGGUGCCUGCCAUCAGCCCGCUGGUCCACAACAUGAUGAUGAGUCCCGAGUGGACGCCGCGAAACCCCUCCCCUUCCUGCCAGUGCAGCACCGACCAGAAGCUCACCAUGCUGCCCGUGUGUCCGGCCGGCGCCGGAGGCUUGCCCCCCAAGCAGCGAACCGAGCCGUCAGGGGACACCCUGUUGGACCUGACAGGAAGGAACAUCUCCGACUACCUGGUGAAGACCUACCCCACCCUCAUCCGCGCCAGUUUAAAGAGCAAGUACUGGGUCAAUGAACAAAGGUACGGCGGGCUGUCGGUUGGCGGGAAGUUGCCCAUCCUGGACGUGGACCCUGCAGUCAUCCAGAACUUCUUCACUCAGCUGGGCACCAUGCUGAACAUCUCUGGGGGCCCCUACACCAAACUCUCCCUGAAAGAGAUCGGCCCCUUCCUCAGAUACAUGGAGAGCGAAACCAACGUGAAGGUGUGGUACAACAAUAAGGGUUGGCAUGCGAUGGUGGCAUUCCUGAACGUGGCCAAUAACGCCAUCAUGAGAGCCCACCUGCCCUUCAACGCCAAGAGCAGCGAAUACGGCAUCACCACCAUCAACCACCCGCUCAACCUCACUAAAGACCAGCUGUCAGAAGUCACCGUGCUGAAGACGUCGGUGGACGCGGUGGUGGCGAUAUGUGUGAUCUUCGCCAUGUCCUUCAUCCCGGCCAGCUUCGUCCUCUACCUCAUCCAGGAGCGCGUCACCAAGGCCAAGCACCUGCAGUUCGUCAGCGGCGUCAGCCCCGUCGUCUACUGGGUGGCCAACUUCUUCUGGGACAUGGUGAACUACUCCAUCAGUACUGCCAUGGUAGUGGGAAUAUUUGUGGCCUUCGACAAGAAGUGUUACACGUCGUCUAGCAACUUGCCAGCUCUUAUAGCCCUGCUCUUCCUGUAUGGGUGGUCGGUGACUCCCAUGAUGUACCCGAUGUCGUAUCUCUUCAGCGUGCCCUCUACAGCCUACGUCUCGCUCUCCUGCAUCAAUCUCUUCAUCGGCAUCAACAGCAGCGCCGUCACCUUCAUACUCGAACUCUUCGAGAACAACAGGCCGCUGAUCGAGUUCAACGAGGUCCUGAAGAAGGUGCUGCUGAUCUUCCCGCACUUCUGUCUGGGCCGCGGCCUCAUCGACAUGGCCAUGAACUACGCCGUCACCGAGGUCUACGCACGCUUUGGUGAGGACUACAGCAUGGACCCGUUCCGCUGGGACUUUGUGGGGAAGAAUCUGGUCUUCAUGUUCCUGGAGGGCUUCUUCUACUUCACCCUCAACAUCCUCAUCCAGUACCGCUUCUUCGCCAACCGCUGGGCGGUGGCGAGUGUGAAGGACGCUCCUGUGAAGGACGAGGACAGCGACGUGGCUCAAGAGCGCCAGCGAAUCUACGGUGGCGGCAGCAAGAAUGACAUCCUCCUCAUCACAGACCUCUUCAAGAGGUACGUGGGUAAGAAGAGGCCUGCAGUGGACAGGAUCUGUGUGGGCGUACCGGCUGGAGAGUGCUUUGGGCUGCUGGGGGUGAACGGGGCGGGAAAGACGACCACCUUCAAGAUGCUGACAGGAGACACAGACGUCAGCUCAGGGGAUGCCACUGUGGCCGGAUACAGCAUCCUGAGUAACAUCCUGGAUGUCCACCAGAAUAUGGGUUACUGUCCGCAGUUCGACGCCAUCGACGAGCUCCUGACGGCACGUGAGCACCUGUACCUGUACGCACGGCUACGAGGAGUCCCAGAGGCAGAGAUCAGGAGGGUGGCAGACUGGGGUAUCCAGAAGUUGGGUCUGUCUGAGUAUGCGGAGCGCUGUGCCGGCACCUACAGCGGAGGCAACAAGAGGAAACUCUCCACCGCCAUCGCCAUGAUCGGAUGCCCCUCGCUAGUGCUCCUGGAUGAGCCCACUACGGGGAUGGAUCCCCACUCGCGCCGCUUCCUGUGGACGGCCAUCUUGAGCGUCAUACGGGACGGACGAGCCGUAGUACUCACCUCUCACAGUAUGGAGGAGUGUGAGGCGUUGUGUACUCGGUUGGCCAUCAUGGUAAACGGCACCUUCAAGUGUCUGGGCAGCAUCCAGCACCUCAAGUACAAGUUCGGCGACGGCUACGUGAUCACGAUGAAGAUCCGGGCGAGUAAGCCGGGCGUGCCCCCGGACCUUGCGGAGGCCGAGGCCUUCAUCGAGUGCAGCUUCCCCGGCUGCGUGCAGCGGGAGAAACAUUACAACACGCUGCAGUACCAGAUCACAACCUCCUCCCUCGCACGCAUCUUCCAACUCGUACUGUCCAAUAAGGAGAGACUUCACAUUGAGGACUACUCCGUAUCGCAAACCACGCUAGACCAGGUGUUUGUGAACUUCGCCAAGCUGCAGGCGAGUGAGGAUGACGAGCCGCCGCCGCGCAGAGUGAAGAAGAUCGCUCCCCUCAGAGGCUUCGGCAGGAAGAAAUGA